AACAUGUCUCUGAAGAGUAUUCGCGUGGAGAGAGUGCAUGUACCAGAGAACAUGCGAAUCGACCUCACUCCGGAGGAAGGGCAACUGUGCACGCUUCUGGACGAGUGUACGGCCUCACUUAGAGAGAAACACAACAUCACGACGACGUGCAGAAUCGCUGGAGGAUGGGUCAGAGACAAGGUCAGU